AGAAUAACGGGUAGUCAGUAUUCUUUCUCCAAUGGUAGUCUAGCAUUUGUAGUGUUGUACUUUAAUAAUAUCUGUAUAUGUGGAAAUAUUGGAUAAUUCACGAUAGAUCGGAAAUGUCUCUGAUAUUUCGCAUGAUAGAAGAAGUGGAUGAGCUGAAGAGAUAAACACGUUUUUUCCAGAAAUACUAUUAUACCGGUGACGCCCUCAGACAGACACAGGAUGAACAUUUUAUCAGCUGUUCGACUGUACUUGUCCGGUAUGGUGGAUCAAGCUGGUGCUGGCAUGAAAGUUCUUCUCAUGGAUCGCGACACAAUCUCCUUCGUCAGUGUAGCUUUUGCUCAAAGCGAUAUGCAUUCGAAGGAAGUUUAUCUCUUCGAACGGAUAAAUAAACAGCGUUCAGAUGAGGUGAUGAAGUACCUAAAAUGCAUCGUCUUCGUUCGACCAACGGAAGCCAAUGUGAAGCUUUUGAUUCAAGAGCUACGGGCUCCUCGCUACGGCGAGUAUUACUUACAUUUUUCCAACUCUAUUCCUCGUACUGACAUUAAGAAGAUAGCUGAUGCCGAUGAUUUCGAAGUGGUCAAAGAAGUACAGGAAUGCUAUGGUGACUUAAUCCCAUUAGCGCCUCAUCUAUUCUCGCUGAAUCUUGAGCGUUGUCUUGAGGGAAUGUGCUGGUACCCUCCAGCAUUGAAGCGUUGUGCAGAUGGUUUAAUUGGAUCUUUUCUCUCGCUCCGGAAGUGUCCUGUUAUUCGUUAUCAAGCAAGUUCUGACAUUGCCAAAAGGUUAGCCGAUGUCGUUAAUCAGGAAAUGAUGCGUGAAAGCAAGCUAUUUGAAGUCCCCAGAAGUGACAUCAGCCCACUGCUCAUUAUCGUUGAUCGACGUAUCGAUCUGGUGUCAACGAUGCUUAACCAAUGGACCUAUCAGGCCAUGGUGCAUGAGCUUCUUGGUAUAAAGAAUAACCGAGUCAAUCUCUCGCACCUGGAAAAUGUUGCCAAAGAGUUGCAUGAUGUUGUGUUGUCGGCUGAACAGGAUGAUUUCUAUAUGAAAAAUCAAUAUCUCAAUUUUGGCGAGAUUGGAACUAAUAUUAAGUUACUAGUUGAAGAAUAUCAACAAAAAUCCGAGUUAAGAAAGGGGAACCUUGAGUCGAUUCAAGAUAUCAAACAGUUUGUUGAGAACUAUCCUCAAUUUCGUAAGAUACAAGGCAUGGUAGCUAAGCAUGUGGCAAUCGUUGGAGAACUGUCUCGCCUUGUGGGAGCCCACAGCUUAUUGGAAGUGAGCGAGGUAGAACAAGAGAUGGCUUCUCAAGGGGAUCACCAAUUCAUAUACGAGCGCAUACGGCAACUGGUUGGGUCAACCAGAGUGAGAGAUAUUGACGCGUUGCGUCUAGUAUGCCUUUAUGCGGUGACAUUUGAUAAGCAGCCUCGUUCGGACUUACCAAGCCUGCUGCGAAUGCUCGAGCACCGCGGUAUCGAUCGGGAACAGCAGGAAGUCGUACAGAUGCUACUAGACCAGCAUCGUCGCUGUAGCACUGCAAGCCUUGGAACAAACGAAUUUACCACAGAAAAUGUGCGUGCGUUUACACGAAAAAUGAUCAAGGGUCUUAAAGGUGUAGAAAAUAUCUACACUCAGCAUUCACCUAUGAUUAAGGAAUUGCUCACAGAUGUCAUACGCGGACGGUUACGAGAUGCUGCGUACCCCGUUGUCGGAGGCGGACCCUCAACAGUAGCUCGACACCAAGAUAUCAUCCUGUUCAUUGUUGGUGGUGUCACCUACGAAGAAUCUCUUGUAUCGUGCCAGAUCAUGCAGCAGUUUCCUGGCGUUCGAGUUCUUCUGGGCGGUAGUAAUAUUCAUAACUUCAGCAGUUUUAUUAAUGAGCUUAAAUUAUCACAGCGGAAAAAAAGCAAUAACCCAUUUGAUUCGAGUAUUGGCGAAAGUAACUGGAAUCGACGGUAGAUUGGCC